UCUGAAGAUGAACUUCGUUCAUACUUCCAAAGCUUCGGAGAGAUCACCUACAUCAAGAUUCCUCCCAGCAAAAGCUGUGGCUUCGUUCAAUUCGUUCACCGCCAUGCCGCCGAGAUGGCAAUCAACCAGAUGCAAGGGUACCCGAUCGACAACUCGCGCGUUCGUCUUUUCUGGGGC